GCCCGCCCGCGGGGCCGGCCGCCUGUCAGAGGGAGGUGGCGAUGGUGCGCCCGGUGGCGGUGGCGGCUGCGGCGGCUUCCCUAGUCCGAGUGCAGGGAGGAGAAGAUGACUGACCGACCGACUGAAUGACUGAAUGAAUGAAUGGCGGAGCCGAGCGCGCCAUGAGGAGCCUGCCGAGCCUGGGCGCCCUCGCCCUGUUGUGCUGCGCCGCCGCCGCCGCCGCCGCCGCCUCAACAACCUCGGCGGGGAAUGUCACCGGUGGCGGCGGGGCCGCGGGGCAGGUGGACGCGUCUCCGGGCCCGGGGCUAGGGGGCGAGCCCAGUCGCCCUUUCUCUAAGGCGACGACUCCCACGGCCCAGGCCCCGAGGACCGGAGCGCCGCGCACUACUGUCCACCAGCCCCUGGCUGCGUCCUCGUCAGCCCAAUCCCCGGAGACCACCCCUCCUCGGGCGACGGCCGGACCCAACACGACCACCUUCCAGGCGCCGCUCAGCCCCUCGCCGACCGCCCCUCCGGCGGUGGACCGUACUCCGACCACCCCUCGCGCGACAACCAGACCCGCGCCGACCACCCUCUCGACGAGCACUGGCCCGGCGCCGACCACCCCCGUUGCGACCACCAUCCCGGCGCCCACCACUCGGCUGAGCCCGACCCCCGAGCUCCCCGGCGGCAGCAGCGUCCCGCCCACCCCACCUGCCACCGAGGCCCCCUCUCCCCCUCCCCCAGAUGAUGCAUGUAACUGCUCUGUGGUGGGAAGCCUGGACGUGAAUCGCUGCAACCAGACCACAGGGCAGUGUGAGUGUUGGCCACCUUAUCAAGGGCUCCGCUGUGACACCUGCAGGGACAGCUUUUACCUGAAUCACACUUCUGGGCUCUGUCUGCCGUGUGACUGUAGUCCACAUGGAGCCCUCAGCGUGCUCUGCAGCAGUUCUGGGAAAUGCCAGUGCAAAGUGGGUGUCACCGGCUCUACAUGUGAUCGAUGCCAAGAUGGAUAUUAUGACUUUAGUAAGAGUGGCUGCUUGCCCUGCCGAUGUAAUAAUCGGUCUGCCAGUUGUGAUGCCCUCACAGGUACUUGUUUAAACUGCCAGGAAAAUAGCAAAGGGAAUCACUGUGAAGAAUGCAAAGAAGGAUUUUAUCAGAGUCCUGGUGCCACGAAAGAAUGUCUUCGCUGCCCUUGUUCAGCUGUGACGUCGACAGGCAGCUGUGUCAUAGAAUCGGGUGAAUUGGAACCUAGGUGUGUCCAGUGUAAAGAGGGUUACACGGGCCGGAACUGCAACACGUGUGAAAACGGCUAUUACAAUUCUGACAGCAUCUGCACCAAGUGCCAAUGCCAUGGCCACGUGGACCCAAUUACAGCUCCAAAGAUCUGCAAGCCCGAGAGUGGUGAAUGCAUCAGCUGCCUCCAUAACACCACUGGGUUUUGGUGUGAGAACUGCCUAGAAGGCUUUGCCCGAGACCUCGAGGGAAAUUGCAUCAAGAAAGAAGUUAUUGUUCCAACACCUGAAGGUUCUACCAUUUUGGUUUCCAAUGCCUCUUUGACCACAUCAGUGCCCACCCCUGUUAUAAAUAGUACAUUUACCCCCACAAUCCUGCAGACUAUCUUUUCAGUAAGCUCUGCUGAAAACAGCACAUCAGCAUUAGCUGAUGUUUCAUGGACCCAGUUUAACAUCAUCAUUUUGACAGUCAUCAUCAUUGUGGUGGUGCUGCUGAUGGGAUUUGUGGGGGCUGUCUAUAUGUACCGGGAGUACCAAAACCGGAAACUCAAUGCCCCCUUUUGGACCAUCGAGCUGAAAGAAGACAAUAUCAGUUUCAGCAGCUACCAUGACAGCAUUCCCAAUGCAGAUGUGUCAGGACUCUUGGAAGAUGAUGGUAAUGAAGUAGCUCCCAAUGGGCAACUGACCCUGACGACACCCAUACAUAACUACAAAGCCUAAGGAGCUAGAACCGUUGUCUGGAUUGUUAGACCACAGUGCUCACUAAGACCACAUCAGCUCCUGGGCCAGAUGAGGCCUGGGUAGAGUUUGCUGAGAACGCAAAGGCAUAGAGUGCAUCUGAAAUUUUUAGGUACAAAUUUGUAAUGCACUUAGCCCAUUACUCUUAGUUUCCCCCAUGAAGAUCUGAAGCAGUCGCUGUCAAUAAGGACUUGUGGUAAAGUAUAUUUUUGUACCAAACUACAUGGGAGUAUAGAAAGGCUGAACCCUGUAGUGCAGCCCACAUCUACUCUGACCUCCGAACAGACUCCUGGGGAAGUGUUCACCAAACCAGCGGAAACGAGAUGGAAGUGGAGGGGGAGGGACUGCUGGAAGACUUUUCAUCUUCAUUCCUGAGACACCUUGUUUAAAAGGAGAGUCAGGGAUGAUAUUCCUUUUACUGUGCUAAAAGGCAUCACCGAAGAAAGCUUAAUGUCUGGGCUGUAUCACAAUAAACAAUCUCGACUGUUUUUAAAAAGGGGCAGAAAAGUCUCAAGAAGAUCUUUAGAAAAGCUUGAUUUUUCCUUCCCAAGUUCUUGCUCAAUGAUAGGAUCAAAGCACAGAAUAAGCUUCUAAUGGUAGAAAGAGGAAGGCAACAUCUGGGAGCAGGAAGCUGAUGGUCCUCCUUAGGGUCUCAGUGUAAAUGGUACAUUGUCUAAAAAUAAGGUCUCUUCCUGCCUCUAGAGAAAUAAGGUGUAUAUAGUUAAUGUAGCAUAUCUGGUCAACAUUGUAUUUGUAUCUAUUUGUAAAAAAAAUCAUGUCAUAUUUUAUCAUCUAGAAUUUAUUUGUACAGCAGUUAAUGGUGUUGUAAAAAGAAAAUAUGGGGAUUGGUUAAAAUAGAGUAACAUAGAUGGCAGUAUUGCUAGAGCUGGGACUCUGGUGACCAUCCGUCAUUUUUAGUCCCUCUUUGGACACUGUUGAAAUUUAUAAGAGGUUGAAUGUUUCUAACCUUUCUUUCCCUUUCUCAGUCUCAAAGUAGAGUUAUAUGUUCUCUGACUUACUAUAGAUUCAAGCAAUAGAUUUUUAAGCAAUUGAUUGUUAAGCUGGGAUAGAGGCUGCGCUCUCCAAAGCACUCCCCCGAUUAGAUGUUAGCCAGUCUACAUAUUUUACAUAGAUUAAUGUAGAACGUAUCCUCAUGAAAAAAAAAUGUCUCUAAAUGUAGAAGAUAGUCUUCCAAAGGAAUUAGAAAUAUUUUAGUUCCAAAAGAAAAGCCAUCGUAUCGCUUGGGAUCCCCUGUUUUCAUGCCUGUGAAAUAUUUAUAUUCUUCCUCCAUCCCCCUCCAAAAAAAUACCUUUGAACAUAGCUUAUCAUCCAGACUCCACGAGGUGUAUACCACCUUCCUGCAGAGAUACAGUUCUGCUGUCUUCUUGUCCGGUUAGAGGGUGGCUCUGGAGGUGGGUGGGUACAGUUAGUCCUUGCUUUUAGACACAGCUUUUCCCUAGAGGCCACACACUGUUGCUCUCAUCUGUUAUGAUAUUGACAGACUGUGGGUUAAGCAAGCCAGGAAAAGCAGCCAGAAGUCAAAUAUAGGUAUUUAUUAGGAAGAAGGGCAAACUGUCAAGUGGUUAGAAAAAAAAAGCAAGGAUUUAUUAGAUCAGACCUAGGAUAUCCAAGUUGACAGCCUUGCCUAACUUCCCCCAAGAAAAACCUGGAAUUUGGUCAUCCCUCUGUAGGAGACCCCUCAGUUUUCUCAGGUUUUAGAGAUGAUGUUCUGGAGGAUGGACAGACAAAUAUCUACUUCUGAUAACCUGAGGUGCUCCGAAUAUUUGGCCGUUGCUCAUGAGGGUAGAGGUUACGUGGCAUUACAUUAUACUAAAAUCAGUGACUAUGGCUAUAGCCCUUUGCAGUUCACAAAGCAUCUUUCCAUAUAUGUGUCCUCUGUUCCUCAUCAUAGCCCCCUGAGGAAGUAAUUAUUGUCCCCAUUUUACAGAUGAGGUUAAAUGUCUUGUUCAAGGCUCUACAAUAUGUCAUUAUUAGGCUUGGAAUCAGGCCUCCAAAUUGAAGCACAUGUUCUCUCAACUAUAUGCUAAUGCAGAAACUGCCUAGCCCCAGACCAAGAAGGCUGGGAGGAAGAGUCCUGUCUGGGACUGUUUCUAACUUCUGUAAAUACAAGGUAUGGUCCAGGACCAUACAGCUGGGAAGGAGUUUGUGGAAAGGACACAGGAGGAUUACUAUCUGAAGCUAGUAUUGGUGAUAAAACAAAACCACCAGUUUGUGCUUCAUUAAAGGGAACGAAUCCUCCCAAGCGGGGAGGGAAAAUGUGCUUUCCCCACAGCUGCUGCCUUUGCAUGUACAGACCGAACACUGCACAGUUCCAAGGAAGUGUGCAAACUGACACACCUGCCUUUCUCCCAGAUUGCCAUCCCCUCAACGUGAUGGAUUGAAGGUGGUGAAGAAGAAACAUUCGUUAAGUAGAAGUUAACUCAAUAGAGAAAGCAUGAGUGUUUGUCAGGGUCUAAGAGCCAAAGCCAAAUCAUCCAGAUUCUGGCUAUAAUAGAGAUUUUUUGAAACAGACCUUAAGAGAUAUUGCAAACAUUGAAUCACAAGAAACGUUAACCUCUAAGUACUGAUUAACAACUCUUAGGUCAUGUUCUUAAUUCUUCCCAGUGGAAAAAAAAAUUAAGGUCUUAGAAUUUUUUUUCAACAAUAUUCUUUAGUGCCCCCUGCUUUUUGCUGGGGGAAGUAAUUUUGCUCUAGAAUUUAAAUCAAUCAUGAAGUGAUCUACCAGCAAAAUCAGACUAGGAAACUAGAGGGAAUAUGCAUUACACAAUAUUCAUUCCUCUGAAGGCAGGAUCCCUAUGAACCAUGGCAUUCAGCACUGGGAUCCCAUCAGUCCUUUAGAAAGAUAAUAUGGGAAGAAUUUUUAAAUAAGGAUUAGAAAUGUGUUUAUUUUCAAAUAAGGCUAGUGUGAAUCUUAUUGAUAAAUGAUACUGCUAUUAAGUGAUAAUUGUAUCUUCAUUCAUUCAUUUUCAUAAGCCCUGAUGCAUUUCUGACAGAUACCGUAGGUACUGUUGUUAACUAUGUCUGUCCUCCCUUAUUUUCCCCUCCUUCCCUGCACUGUCAAGCUCCCAGAUGUCUCUUAUUAAUGGAAUUUCUCCAGGUAUAGGGAAAAAUGGUAAUAAAAACUAAAGCUCACUUGUACUAAGGUCCUAUGGAUUUGAUGUGUUACUACUCUGAGGGGUACCUGCAUUUUAAGAGAGAACAGAGCAGAUGUGGGAUGGGAGGAGAGAGAUCUGGGGGGAGAGGAUUUGUACAGUGUCAGAUUAUAAGGCUGUUCUCUAGCCCUAACGUCCCCCAGAAAAUUGGUCAUUAAAGCAAUACUCACUGCCCUGCUAGUUCAUUUUGGUCAGCGAGUGCCUUCCGGACAUUUAGCCCUUCUCGUGCUGUUUUGGAAGCAGAGAGCUAAAGCAAUAGUACGUGUUCCUAAGAGCCUCAGUUGGGACGGGGUUAUUAGAUCACUCACCGUGGUCCUCUGUUUUUUGUAGGACACACGGUGAACGUAACAGCACUUGUAAUUAACAUUCCCUGGUUCUUAUACUUUGAGGUAUGUGGAUAGGAGUUCAAGAUAUAUGCAUCUCAAGGAAAGCUCUCCAACAAAAAGUUCAGAGAAGUAAAAAGCGACCCAGUGUAACCUGUUAGAGCAAGGAAAGCAUUUCUGGCCUUAUGAUCCAUUAUGAUCUUCUUGGACAGUAUGGGGUUUGGGAACUAACAGGAGUUUGGUGUGUGCAGGGGAGUGACAGAAGGUUAGUGGCGAUUUUCCUCUUUAACCCUGAGCCAGUGACUAUGCCGAGGGAAAAAGCGGGGAGAACACACCGGUUCAAGACGUCAAAAACGUCAAAUGGACUGAAGGUUAUGGAUCAUUAAAAUGGAAGUGGUUGAAUGAUGUUUUUUCCAAGGCAGACAGGAGCCUCCCUUACGUGUUACUUCUGCAUAUGCAAUCACUGCAGCCGGGGUGACGACGUGAGCCACGGUAGUCCAGAGCCGAAGGAUCUGCAGCUGAGUUCUCACGCUAGGCACAAGCACUCUGUCCUGCAUUACCUGUCAGCCCGAGUGAUUAGGGAAUGUUUCUGAAACAUUGAACUCGUCUGUAUGUCACUAAAAUUCUAACACAAAUUUUUAAAAAAAACGUGUCUCCUACAUACGCUGUACUAGGCUUCAUGAUGCAUUUCUAAAUUUGUGUAUGAUUUGAAUAUAUGAAAAGAAUUUAUACAAGAGUGUUAUUUAAAAUUAUUAAAAAAAUAAAUGUAUAUAAUUUGUA